AUGCGACUACACGCGCUCCUACUGGUCGCCGUGGCCGUGCUGCACGCGCGAGCCGCCUCCAUACCUGUUACCGAAACCGAAAAAAAAUUAAUUGAUAUCGUACCCGAUAAUUUAGACAAAUUACCGGAAAAUACAUCCAGCGAACAAGAACUUAUCGACCAGGCAAACUCAGUCAACGAUGUUGACAACACGCUGCGUGUGAAACCAGAAGAUAUUCCCGUGGAAGUGGUUGUUGAAAAUGUACAGCCUGCACUAAAGAAUGACGAUGAAUCGGAUGAAGAAAUAAUCAGACCCACCCCGGAUUUGAGAAACCCUGGCCCACCUCAGCGUCAGGAACAUGAGACACAAAACCCCGAGUACUAUGCUUCGGAACAAGAAACAGUGUUGCUUUUCAAACAAAGUGUCAAUGAUGUACAGAAUGCCGUAAGACAGGGAUUCCAAGGAAUUGCUGAUGGCAUUCAAAAUGUGAUACAAGGCAACAAUGAGCCCAUCCAAACGCUGCAUCAGAGUAUUCAGUCCUUACGUGACGGUUUUGCUGCUCAGAUGGACAAACUUAACGGAACUAUUCAAAGCUACCUAAACUCAGAUAGAUCGAGUUCAGAUCAGCCUGCCGUUGAACAGACUAAAGCUGGCUUCCAUCAAAUUGAAAAAGGUUUGUUUAAACUCAGAAGCGACUUCAAUAAGGGUGUGAACUAUUUUGCUGACGGCGUGGGAUUAGUGGCCUCUCUGAGGGCUGAAAAUCAAGCGGCUAACCCAAGCGCUGGCGCAUCCCCUGCGGCGCCAGCCCCGGCCCCGACACCAGCUCCCGUCCUUCCGAUGUUCCAAUACUUGCAGAAUUUCCAAGCUGCAGUGGGUGGUACUUUGCAAAAUUUCACAGAAACCAUCAAUAGAAUUGCGCAGAAUGCUGGAUGGAACAAUCCUUUCAAUCAGGCUCCUGCAGCUCCCGCGGCUGCAGCUGCUCAACCUGCUCAAGCUGCUCAACCCGCCCCAGCUACCCCACAAGGAGCUCAGAGCGACACUCCAGUGGCACCCGGCGCGUCGAUUCCAGCACCACAAUGGCCAAAUAUUCAGGACCUAUGGAGUAACUUCGUUAGUUCUGGACAAAACGCAGGUGUCUUUCCAAAGCCAGGACAGUUUGGAUCUGGAAGCGGCCCAAUUGCCAGUUAUUUCCAAAAUGGUUACAAUAAUUUAGUAAAUAUUUUCCAACCGAGGCCUGGUCAAGCUACUCAAGGAGCACAACCUGCAGCCUCCGGGCAGCCCGCACCAGCUCCACAACCUGAGACGGUAGCUAAGCCCGAAGAACCAGCCACCAAACCAGAAGCAACUGCAGAACCUGCGAAACCAGCAGCAGAGACUCCAGCGGCUUCCACGCAGACUGACGGAGCCGCCGCUGUCGGACCCAUUCGGCAGAUACUCCAGAACAAUCCCAUCACCAAGGGAAUCACUGGCGCCGUGCAGAAGUUACAGAAUCUAAAUAACCCUGAGAAACCGAGAGAUGCUGAGGUGGAGAAGAAGCCAGAGGAGGUCCAAGUUGACUCCAAACCAAAAAAGGGAGGCCCUAACACUGGGGGUAAUAACGACGUCAGUAGCAGCAGCAGCAGCGGGGUAGAACAAGAAGAGAAGAAAGAAGUGAAACCAGAAGAGAAUAUUCCAGAACAGGUCGCAGAAGUAAAACCUUCAGAAGACCAAGUUAAAGAAGUAAAGGCCGAGGAGGUCGCUGACAAGACUGAAUAA